GACCAUUGCAUCUCAUGUCGUGUAUCCGGCCUGUGCUCAGCCACUUCUGGCCGGUCGGAUCGGCUGUCUUUAGAGGCAUCUUUCUGCUGCGGACAAAGUGGUCUCCGUCUCGGAAGGCAUCUCUCAUCAAAGAAGUGUCUUUCUCCGUUUCGCCGUGCUGCCUUGACGGGCCACUUGUCCGCUCGUGCAGGUCUUCAGCUCAUCUGCUGCCAAACCCAUGAACUGCGGACACAGUCUCACUCGCCAGACCAGGACUCGGCUUAA